AUGAUCAUCGUAUUUGGAUUUUGUAUUGGAGCCUUGAUACUCCAGAUUCAAGGAGUGGAGGAGACCCCAGGAGAACGAUUCAAAAGAACCAAAUGCGAAUGUCAAGCCAAUCCUGCAACCCACAUCGAUGACGCCGAUCUAUCCAGAUUCGGCAAUGGACAAGAAGUCGAUCACUCGAAGUUGGGUCCAUUCCUCCUAUGCUUCAACGUCGGCAUGGGUCUCCAACAACCAAACGGAGACUUAGUUCCCAAUUUCAGAGAGAUCGUAUCACAAGUGAUCCCAGCGGACAGGAUAGAUGAUUACAUUAAGACCUGCGGAAAGAGAGCUUCUGAUGAUGCUGAAGAGGCUGCGAUUAUUUUGAGCAAAUGUACCAAUGACUUCGAUCCGGCACACAAUCCUUUCCGAGACCCAUGA